CUGGAAAAUAAACGUUGUCACACUUUCGAAAACACAUCACCAGUACGGCUAGCGGAAUCGUGGCCGCAUCUCGCUUUCAUUUUAGCCCUGUUUUCCUAAAAAAUACAUCAUCCACAUCUAUGGAGAGUGGAUUUUAUCGUAUCGAGACAAAUAAAGCCACUUGGGAGCUGCCUGAUCGCUACCAAGAGCUACAAUCUAUUGGCUCAGGAGCAUACGGAUUAGUGUGUUCAGCCUUGGAUACACGACACGGUCAAAAGGUUGCUAUUAAGAAGUUUUCACGACCAUUUCAAUCGCUGAUGCAUUCUAAGAGAACAUUCAGAGAAAUAAAGCUCUUGCGGCAUAUGAAUCACGAGAACAUUAUUGCAAUUUUGGAUAUUUUUACACCACAGCAAAAUUUCGAGGAUUUUCAAGAUGUAUACAUGGUGACACAGUUAAUGGGUGCAGAUCUCAACAGCAUUUUGAAAUCUCAACAGCUUUCUGAUGAUCAUGUGAAAUUUUUAAUUUAUCAAAUUUUGAGAGGCUUAAAAUAUAUCCAUUCGGCAGGCGUCAUUCACAGGGACUUGAAACCAAGCAACAUUGCAGUAAACGAAGAUUGUGAAUUAAGGAUAUUGGAUUUUGGUCUUGCGCGCAUGGCAGACAACGAAAUGACGGGAUACGUUGCUACAAGAUGGUACAGGGCACCUGAGAUCAUGUUAAAUUGGAUGCAUUACAACCAAACAGUGGAUAUUUGGUCUGUGGGCUGUAUAAUGGCUGAAUUACUCACAUCAAAGACUCUUUUUCCUGGCUCCGAUCAUAUUGAUCAGCUUACAAAAAUUUUGCAGUUAGUUGGAAAACCGGACAUUGCCUUCCUCCAAAAAAUAACCAGUGAAACUGCACGAAACUACGUCUCCCAAAUGCCCAACUUCAGGAAGAAAUCUUUCAGAGACGUAUUUGUUGGUGCCAGUGAGCAUGCCAUCGAUUUACUAGAACAAAUGCUACGACUAGACGCAGACACGCGAAUUACGGCCGUGGACGCUUUGGAUCAUCCAUAUUUGGCAAUAUACGCUGACCACGAGGAUGAGCCUGUGUGUGAAACGAAAUUUAUUGAACCUCAGUUUCCUGAACCUCAGUCGAAUGACUUAAAUUUUUGGCGAAAAUUGACUUUUGAAGAAAUUUUGGACUACCGUAAUUCAGGCAAAGGAGGCCCUGAAGCUAUGGAAACGUGAUCUUGCGCGAGUUUUAAUCAAUUGGAAUUUAUUAAAACCACUUUUAAAAUUAAUUAAUUUGUAAAACACUUUGCCUUACGUAUCAGACACUCUUUCAUUUUGCAAUAUUUAGUCUGACAUCCUUAAUUUACUACACGAAAAGGUUCGAUGAAGAGCUUCGACCUUUAUAUACAAAAUGCAAAAGUAUGCUGCCCAAACAUGGAUGCAUUAAAUAUAACUGAAAUGGUCUGCAUUAUGGAAUAUAGUAUCUAUUUAGUAAAUCAUGUUUAAACGACAGCGAAUGUUAAUUCAACGAAGCAACAUUUUUCAA